GGAGCCUGAAGUUGCAAGGUCAGCUGAUCAUUUACGUUUCCUGCGAAUCAGUCUGCGACGGAGCUGUUAGCAACCGCCGAGUUGUAGUCUUCAUUCAGUUCUAUUCGCCUCAAGAAAGAUUAAUAAAACAUAACAGUGUGUGAGAAAUUCCAGACUUUUUUUUCUUCUUCCUGAAACAUGGCCGACACAGAGCAGCGAAAUCCCCCGCCUCCUCCUCCACCUCAAACUGGGCCUGCGCAAUUCCUGUUGAGUAACAAAGUGGAGACGGCCAUGUGGCUGUCGCGUCUCUUCACCAUCUACUGUUCUAUUAUGUUCAUCCUUCCUCUGCUUGGGCCAAUGGCAGCAGCUAACUUCUACCAGAGAGCUCUGUUGGCCAACGCUUUGACCAGCGCGCUGCGUCUGCACCAGCGGCUUCCUCACUUCCAGCUGAGCCGAGCCUUUCUUUCACAGGCGUUACAGGAGGACAGCUGUCAUUACCUCCUUUACUCGCUCAUCCUGGUCAACUCCUACCCCAUCACCAUGAGCAUAUUCCCUGUGUUCCUCUUCUCACUGCUUCAUGCCACUACAUACACCAAGAAGGUUCUGGAUACGAUGGGACCAGACAGUCUACAGUUCGUGCGGAAUUUCCUGAACAAGCUCACAGCCAAUCAGCAGAACAUUCUUAAGUUCAUCGCUUGCAAUGAGAUCUUCCUGAUGCCAGCUACUGUCUUUAUGCUUUUCAGUGGUCAGGGCAGCCUGCUGCAGCCUUUCAUUUAUUACCGUUUCCUGACUUUGCGUUACGCCUCCAGACGAAACCCUUACUGUCGGACCCUGUUCACGGAGUUGCGGAUCCUCCUAGAGCACUUUGUAAUGAAGCCAGCGUGCCCAGCGUUCUUCAGGAGAAUGUGCAUGAACAGCAUCGCCUUCGUUAGCCGCCUGGCCCCUACAGGAGUCUAAAUGCACUGUUUAUCAACAAGCACUCAGACACACAAACACACACUGAUAAACACACUCUUAAACAUUUAAGCUCCUACAAGGUGACUAGCUGGGGAGAGUUUCCUCCACUGUAGAUUUUUUUUUUGAGUACUUGCACUCGACGUCCUGCUGAUCUCAUCUUCUGCAUGGAAAGCAGUUUGCUAUUUUGGAGAAACUCCAGAUGUUAAAAGCUCACAGAUAAAAGAGCAGCAAACACUAUAUACCCUCAGUGUGUUGUAAAAACAAAAAUCGCUACAGCUCUUUGGUCAGUGCUUUUGAAGGAUUAUUUAUAAAAAUGAAUUCUAAGUGUGGAUGCUUUUUCCAAUGGGAGUGGAUGAAACAAACAUAUUUAUGCUUAAUUUAGAGUAAAUAAUUGCUAGGUGUAAAUUGUUUAUUAGCAUUUCCCAUGCAGGGAAGGGAGAUUUCAGUCUGUUGUUACAUGUCUUUUUUUGUGGACUUUUGUUCCUUUUUUUAUGACUAUAGUUGAGAUGGAUUAUCCAGAAAUUAAAAAUUUUUAAAUUUAAAAAGUAGAGUAGGACAGAAAAACUUGAUUUCUCAUUAAUUGUAAUGUAAUCCCUUAUUAAAAAGCUGCCUUGAAUGUGAACUGAUGAAAGUUAAAGCAUUUCCUCUCUUUUAAGGUCAAGUUAAGCAGAUCUCAUGUUUUUAAAAUAUUUAUUAACUCAAUCAAGGAAGUUUGUAACUGAAAUUAAGAUCAAUAAACUUAAUUGAAUUUUAAUUCAA